UCAUAUAAAAAUGGCGCUGGCCGCUCGUCUGCUACCCCACUUGUGGCACUCUCGGUCGCUGCCCUGCGGGGCCGUCCGACUCCGGACUCCCGCUGCGGCCGAGAUGAGGCUGCCGUCGGCCAGACUUUGCUACCUCUGCCGCUGUCGCCUCGGCUUGGGAGCGGCGUUAUUUCCCCGAAGCGCUUGGGCCUUGGCGGCCUCGGCGCUACCUGCCCAGGGCUCCCGGCGGCCAAUGCUCAGCCGCCAGGGACUCCCCACAGCCUUCGCUUCUUUCCCUGCCUGCCCUCAGCGCAGCUACAGCACGGAGGAGAAGCCCCAGCAGCACCAGAAAACCAAGAUGAUCGUCCUGGGAUUCUCCAACCCUAUCAACUGGGUUAGGACUCGAAUUAAGGCCUUCCUUAUCUGGGCCUAUUUCGACAAAGAGUUCAGCAUCGCAGAGUUCUCUGAGGGAGCGAAGCAGGCUUUUGCUCAUGUAUCCAAGUUGCUGUCACAGUGUAAAUUUGAUCUGUUGGAAGAACUUGUGGCCAAAGAGGUGCUACAUGUAUUGAAAGAAAAGGUUACUUCACUACCUGACAACCAUAAAAAUGCCCUUGCUGCUAACAUAGAUGAAAUUGUAUUUACAUCAACAGGAGACAUCUCCAUUUACUAUGAUGAGAAAGGAAGGAAGUUUGUUAACAUCCUGAUGUGCUUUUGGUAUCUAACCAGUGCCAACAUCCCCAGUGAAACUUUAAGAGGAGCCAGUAUAUUCCAGGUUAAGUUGGGGAAUCAGAAUGUGGAAACUAAACAACUUCUUAGUGCAAGCUAUGAGUUUCAGAGGGAGUUCACACAAGGAGUAAAGCCUGACUGGACCAUUGCACGGAUUGAACACUCGAAAUUAUUAGAAUAAUUUUCUUGGAAAAAUCAGCUUUUGGACUUUAGCAGUCGCUGUGAAAAACUAAGGAAGAAAAAUUUUUGGAUCAUUUGAUCUUCAUUUAAUCUAAGUCUGUGAAUUACUUUUAUAUUAUUUUGAAAUACUCCUUGCAGUAUAUUGGCAUGAUACAGUAAAAACAUUUUCCACAGAUUGUUAUCACCUUCUUUAAAAGAAGUCAAAAUUUAAAAAAAUACAAUAGCACGUCAUUGGUGUCAUAUUCAAUAAAUAUUUCCAGUGCUCCAUAUAAUUUUAUAGACAUAAUAAAGAAGGUAUUGAAAAAACU